ACUGUGGCAUAUAAAUAUUAUAAACCCUUAACAGGAACAGUGUGUUCUCCCGUCCCUGUAAGUCUGUAACCUGCACUUCUCUCAUUUCUCCCUAUAUAUAUACCUGAACGACUUUUCUUCUUCAGUAUCUAUCUUUUGGUAAACCAAUAACCAUGCUUCUAAGGAGCUCUUCAACACCAAUCUUGAACUCAUGGCUCUCUCACUCCAAAGACACCCAACCAGAGCCAGAGCCACUUCUUAAUCUUCCUAGAACCAGGUCAGUCAACUUAUCAUCUUCUCUCCACUCCCCCACUUUUGACCCAACAAGGAAACCAUCCCAGUUCCUAGUUGAAUCAGACAUCCAAACCUCUCCAGUUAAGCCCCAAAAGAAAACCCCCAUACCACAAAUCAAGACAAAGAAAUCCAAAACCAGAGCCAAAAGUAUGGAACAAGAAGAACUAAAACCCAUUACCAUAUCAUCUUCAUCUUCUUCUUCAACCCAGAGGCUGUUUUCAAGCUCUGGAUUGGAUGGGAAACUCGUGGAUGACGAAGCUUGUGGUGCAGGGAAGGAAGAGAGUGCGCUGCAGACACUGACGGUGGGUGGUGUGGGAAAUAAUGGCGGUAAGAUCUGUGGUGGUGGUGGAGGGAGGAAAGGAUCGGACGGUGGAGACGAGUCUGGUUUCUCUGAGAGUAACAAUAAUCGUGGGAUUGAUAGUACCGAUGCUUAUUACCGGACAAUGAUCCAAGCAGACCCGAGCAAUCCACUCUUACUCAGCAACUAUGCAAAGUUUCUAAAAGAGGUUCGAGGAGACUAUGGUAAAGCUGAGGAGUACUGUGAGAGAGCAAUUUUGGCUAGUCCGAGUGAUGCUGAUGUUUUAUCAACAUAUGCUGAUCUGAUAUGGAACACACAGAAGGAUGCUCAACGAGCUGAGAAUUAUUUUGACCAAGCUGUUAAAGCUUCCCCAGAUGAUAGUUAUGUCCUGGCUUCAUAUGCUCGAUUCCUGUGGGAUGCUGAAGAAGAUGAAGAAGAAGAUGAAGGAAAUGAAAGAGUUCAACAUGGAACUGAUCAAAGCCACACAUCUUCAUCCAAUUUCUACCAUGGAGCUCAUCAGCAUUCUCCUUUAACUGCAGCUUCUUAAAUGACUCUUCAUCCGAGAUAUUUAACAUAUUAGCUGUGACUUGUAAAAUAGUUGAAAUAACAUAUUAGCUGAUGUAUGAUAUCAACCUUUCGUAUCUUGUUCCUUUCUUACGGUCUUACCUACAUAUAUAUAGAUGCAUAUGUUGUCUGUGUUGCUUAUCUUGUUAACUGUAACUUUCUCAUAAUAAGCUUCAUCCAGAAUAAGAAAACGCCUGGGCAGACACUUUGGACGUCCUUCUGC